CCAAUUGGUAUCAUCUCUUGUAUCUGAAACUCUUUGUACUCCCUUCACUCCUCCAAAGAAAUGGCUAGCAAGAACUUCAUCACCCUCUCAACCUUCCUCCUUCUUCAGGUUAUCUUCUUCCCCUGCAUAGCAGCCACUGAAAAUGCUCCAAAAGCAAUAGAGAAGAAAGUGGAUGUGGUGGUGGAAACCACAGUCUACUGCCAGAGUUGUGAGCACUAUGGAACAUGGUCUUUGACUGGAGCGAAGCCAAUUCCUUCAGCUAAAGUAAGUGUUACCUGCAAAAACCACAAAGGUAAACUUGUUUACUAUAAGGUCUUUGAGUCAGACAAAAAUGGCUACUUAUAUGCUCAACUUGAAGAGUUCAAGAUGCAGCACUCUUUACUAGACCAUCCUCUUCACUCUUGCUAUGUAAAGCCUGUUUGGUCCCCUCUUGAAAGUUGCAACCUUCUUUCUAAUGUCAACCAUUCUCUUGAUGGAGCUAGACUUCGUUACCAGAACAAGAGAUUGCGUGGAAGUAAUUAUGAAGCUGUUGUUUACUCUGCUAGUCCCUUGGCUUUUCGCCGAUCCGAUUGUUCACACACUGCACCUCACAAUUAAUGUCAAACAACCAGGGUUUUAAACUAGGAUUGUGGUUGAAGCUGCAUUGACGUAACUGUAAUUGCGGUUGCGGAUCAUAAUUUAAAACCUUGUCCACAACUAUCUUUAAUCAAACAUUAAGACACACUUGAUAUUUGAAUUUUUGUUUUGUUAUUCCUUUACCAUUAUGUUGAUUUAAGUAUUCUAUAUGAAAUAUUGGAAUCGUUUCCCUCAUAUAAA